AUGGUUUCCUCUGUGACGUAUACUCCUGUACCUGUUGCAACUGUAACCACAGCUACUGUAACUGUUGCACGUGUCACGAUGGCUCCCGGCUCGUUUUGCACAAAAUAUGAUAUAGCUGCAAUCGCACCAGUUAUGGAAGCCAACACAGUUUUUGAGAAUACAAAUACAGUAGGAGCCGAUAGGUGCACACAAACCAAUGCGAUAUGCAGAAGAACCGAUGAUCAAGCUUUUACAGUCACAGGAAUCACUAAACUCGCAUGCACUUUUGAUACACGUGUAGCUGUUGGCGACUCUGGAUUAGACAAUUCCAACGAAGAACUUGCAGACGAUUCUUCUAAAACAGACGAUUCCGACGUGGCAUCUGCAGUUUUUGAUGGCUCCGCGACAAUUCGCAACUGCGACACUUCGCAACUACGACGUUUCGCAACUGGGACUUGCAAACUUCGAAGAGUGUGCCACGCGCUCCGUGACUUUAUCGAUUGUGUUAAACCAGACAGUAACUUGGAAGUGAUCGACCUAAAAGUGAGAGCGGAUAUGAUAUUUGGACUUGUUAGAGUGCAGAAAUCUAUACCCUUCCCAUUAACUUUCAAGUUUGACUACAAUGAAAUCGAUGAUGGAUGUGUUGUAAGAAGUGGUGGCCAAGAGGAUUUCUUCUCGAAAAACUUUGUGGAUGUGUGUAUUGACGAUUUCCUUUUGAGUGCACUGAAACAUCAAAAAUCACUUCUCGGCCAUCUAUGUGUCACAAAAAAAUUAGUUUACGAUAAGCACUAUAACCCUGUCCCACAAACCGCCGGGAAGUUUGUUGUACCAACUUUCGACAAGAUAUUUGAUGGUUUGAUGAAGGUUCUGGAAUCCAGGAAUCGUCCACUUAAAGGUGAAUCUCUGAUAAUUUCGGUACAUGGACAAGAUCAGCUGAUACAAUUGCUUAGUCAUGUUGAUUUAAAAGUAUUAAAAAGUCUGGAAGUGCGCAGACUAUUAGAAACAGAAACAUUUUGGGACUACCGUGAAGAUGACAGCGAAUUUGUUUUGGAUCUCGACAUACUGAAAAAUUGUAAAAAUCUGAAACACCUUCAUGUGAAACGCUUCUCCAUUUCCUCUUCAUUCCGCAUGUUUGCUCAUAUUCCUGACCUAAAAGUCAACAUGCAAACAAUCUACUGUGAAGAUUUAUUACUCUUCAAAAAUACCAUGGAGAAUUCAAAAGCCUCUGGUAUUUCGGUAAUUCGAUUUGGACAGUUUCCCGACAAAUCUCGUUUUUUGGAAGCUAUUGGAUUGGCGGAAGAUGGCAGAGAGAAGGACAUAGUUUUCCCCAGUAAACUGUCUCUAACAUACUUACCUGAAUUCAACUUUAUGAAGUUUAGAAGUGCGGAUUAUUGUUGGGAGCUCAUUUCAUAG